AUGGACUCGAAACUUGAAGUGGAUGACACAGAAGGGCUGUUUUCGAAGAGAUCCAGUUCCAAUAUCCUAUCAGACCCGCGAAUCUUACAGCAUUUACGAAUCGUCGCGCAAGAAGCACACCAGGAAAGCCUGAUGGAGAACGACGAAACGGAUCUUGAAAACCAACAACGCGAAUUAUACGAGAAAAUUACCGCUUAUAACAAGCGAAAUCAGCUUGGAGCUUUUAAAAUACUGGCCAGAGAGGUUUGUUGUUUUUACUGCAGCUUGUCGAGGGCAAAAGAUCACAAAAGAACAAUCUACGGGGGGUUUAAUUUGGCUCUACUAUUAAUAGUAGCUCGUCGCCGAUUUAUACUUUGAAUAUGUUGCUAAAGUUAUCUAAAUUUGCCUUCUUUUCAGCUGAAAACAAUGAUACGUAAUUGUUCCUUUUAUAUAUAUCGUUUAGUUUGUUUUUAACUCGACAUAAUCCUGCCCCAACAAGCAAAUACUUCUUGACAGAAUAUAAAUUUAGUUGUUGUGAUUUCGCGUGUUUCGAAACUCGUUAAAAUUCGCCAAUGGUUUCAAUGUCAAUAAAACCUGUGAUAAAACACACUCGACAAAGCGACGCUUUGCUGUCGAAUUUCCACAGAUUUUUGUCAAUAAUUAAAGGAAUAUACGUUCAGAUAUAGUUCAGCUUUAUUAAAAUAAUCUAAAUUGGGUAAUAGGCAGCUGAUUUGUUACUAAAACGACAUGCCUAUUGUCAUUUUACAAAUUGAAUAUUACUGGUAAAUAUAAAAUGGACAAUUUUCUAAUGUUUACAUUCGCCACAUUCCAAAUUGCGAUUAGCACCUUCAAAAAUUUACAAAUUAUUUCAAAAUUGAUACAUAAAAUGUAAAGCUAUCACGAAAGUUUCCGUCGAUUCUCCACCGUUUCGCGUGUAUAUUUCUGUGUAAUUUUACGUAAAUAUGUUCUCUCUUCGUAGUAAAUUAAGUUUAUUUUAUUUUCUAGAAUCUAAACUACGAAGGAGCGUUGCGAUUCUACUUUUUGGACCAAGGAAAGGAGCUCACGAAAGCGGUCAAGUUAAACAACAGAACAACAGUCAAAGAACUUUUGCCUUCGCUCGUUGAGAAAUUUAGACCAGGAUUGGAAGACGAACUUGUUGGCUUUUCUAAACUUUAUGCAGUCCAAGAACAAGGUCAGGAGAGUUUAAUUUUGUCUAGAUUUAAUAUUUGGACGAGUUUUAAACACCAUCGUUAGUACAUUCGUUAACUAGUAAAGUGAACAGUCAAACGUGUACAAAUUUGCUGUGAUUAGAACAAAAUGGCCUUUGAUGUAUUGUCAUGUAAAUUUUUACUUAAUCUUUGUACAAAUUCUUCCGCCUGGCGCUUCCUUUUAAAAGCAUUCCUUUCUUAAAAGUUGUUUAUGGGAAAAACUCUCACCCAAAAAGGCUAAACCGAGCAAGUUCAUCUUGAAGUAAUCAUAUAUACUUUUGCCAAAAUAAUUUUUGCGUGGGCUUGAAAUAGUUUCGGCUGUUUUCUAUAAGUUUCUGAGAUGCAAUAUCAUGCCUUUAAGGUCUUUAUGUACAUUGGACUUAGCUAACUGCCAAAAUUGAGAUAGCUCUUCAGACAUAUACUAAUUAAAAGAACAUUGUAAACUGUAUUUUUCGACAGCCAUGUAAAUUUAGACUUAAAAUAAAGUGAAUUUGUCCUAAAAAAAACUAAGUAAAUAAUUAACUGUUAGAGAUGGCACAUUAAGUGUUUGACAAGUGGAUAAAAUGUAUCGUUAUGAAAUGAAAGGCACUAAGAAUAGAUAUUGAUAGCAUGGGAACUUGCUUUUAAAUUCCUAAGGCAUAAUUUAGAUUAAUAUUCACACCAUGAAAUCCUAAAUAAUAUAUGACUGAAUAAUUGGAGUUGUGUAAUUAUGGACAUUGCAAUCAAACUUUCCUACUGUAGAAACCCAAGUGGCAGAAUGAAUAUCUGUAUUAGAGACAUGUCCAUUUAUUGAGUGUACUUGUCAUUUAUAUUCUGUAUAUCAGUCAAUGUUUUGGAAUGAAACAGCUGCUGCUAAAUAACUGAAUAAAGCAUUAUGUUUGUGUAACUGCCAACAGGAUAUUAUAUAUAAAAAAUGUUGCAUUUUCCAGUCAUAACAAUGGGGAAUAUUGUAUUGAACACUGCCGUCAAACAUCAAAUGAGUCUACAAAAAUGGUUGGGAAAAUGCCAGUCAAAAUAGUAGGAGUAAAUACGGGUGAAGAAAAGCGUACUAUAAGGAAACGGCAGUUAAAGGAUCUAUCUUUGAUUUCACUUUUUGACCUGAGUUCUCACUCCAGAAAUAUAUGGAGCUCCCUUGGGUCAACCUUGUUCCCAGGCUCUUAUCUCCACACUGCCUCCACCACAGGCCCUGUUGCACCAUGGGAAAAUCAAUCCCAUAUUUUAAUAUCCCCAAUAAUCCCCAAUUAUAAUUUUGUAAAUGUGAGUUCCAUCAAUGCUAUUUUCUGCACCUCUGGACAAUUAAGACAGACUGGAAGUAUAUGAAUAUAAAUUAUAUAAGGUCUUUGAAUCUUUUAAAUUCCUUAAAAACAUCCUUUAAACUUUCAAGGUUCCUGUUUAUAAGGAUAAAUCCUUGAAAGUGAAAGUACUGUUUGUAAUUGCCUCAAUUACAUGUAAUGUCCCCUCCAAACUUCUUGUAAUAGAACUGUAAGAAGUGUACACCCCCCAGGCCUCAGUGCCCAUCGCAUGACAAACAAAGUGCCCUGUACUUUCUUUAGGGGAAAAAAGUACCUUUCCAAGAAAUCCACCUUCAUCUUGCCACAUUUUAUCUUUCUACAAACCUGGACAGAACUGCCCCCCUACGCAAAAUUUGCACGCACCCCUCUACGCAAAAUUUGCAUACUUCUUAUGAUAAAUUCCAUGUUGAAUCAUGUUGCCCUUCUUAAGCCCCAGCUCCCCCAAAUCAAUGUUGAACUUGUGUCAUGAUGAUAAAUUACAAAAAAAAUUUUCGACACUGUAAACAACAUGAACUGGGGGAAAGGCACUGGGGAGAGGGGGUGACGAAGUUUGCGUUGUCAUUGUACAUUAACUUUGCAAUAUUGGCUGGAAUGGCCUCAAGGGUUUUGUCCAAGAUUGUAGCAAGAAUCUUACCAAUUUUGUCUGUGAGGAAUAUAAGCUAUAGUUUCCUAUGCUGUCGUAAGGCAGCUGCAUAACAAUUCUUCAUUUAUUUCAGAUGAAAUUUGUCUGGACCAGACAGAAUGGCCGUUGGGUAUCGCACUUAACGCCACCAAACCGAUACGCUUCAUUUUACGAAUCAAGAAAGACGAGAAGCCCGUCACAAAUGGCUCCGAAGUAAACGAGACGAACGCUACUGCGAACACUGCUACGAACGGCAAAAUAAGCGACGACGUUUUAUUACGUCCAAACGGUGGAAACAAACGCGACAGGCCUUUGAGUGGUGGCGUUUAUGAUUUCAUGUAUGCUGGUCGAGACAAGAGCAUCAAAAUGACUGCCGGGGCAGUUUAUGACAAAAAGGCUCAGAAUUCCCCGAAACCGAAAAAAGGUCAAGGGAGCAGGCCAAAGGGUCGCUCGUUAGGCGCUGUUUUAAAACUGCCCAAGAAAAAUCGCUCUCUUGAACGUGGUCACGAGCUCUCGACCAAUCAUAUGGUGCCUGGAGUCUUAAAAGUGUUCGGUGCUGGUAUUUCGGCCGAUUCAAAUUAUAAAAGCGUUAAAGUUACUAACACGUCCGACGCUGAUUCGAUCGUGAAGCAAGCUUUGGGGAAAUAUAAACUAGAUUCAGCUGACUCGAAUGAGUUUGUGCUCUGUGACGUAGUUGGUCACUUUCGAAAGGUUUCCGAUGGUAGCGGGAAGGGUAAGGACAGCCAAAUGCAAUGGGUAACAGAAUAUGCCAGAGUCGUUAGUGAUCAGGAGAGGCCGUUGGUUUUACAGUCGCUAUGGCAACCGACUGGUAAUCGUUCGCGAAGAUUUGAACUUCACCGCAAGGGUACUGUUGUGGAUGGGCCUGGGGCUAGCCCAGCCUCCAAUGGCGUUGCCCGCAAGAAAGCGACUAUAGCAAGUCAGCCUCCGGAUUUAACACUACUUAAGAAGAAGCUUAGUAUUAGCAGCCAGUCGGAGUGUAGCGAAUCGGGAACUUUUGAGUCGCCUCAGAGAUCACGGCUUGAUGAUGGUAGCGUGAGCCACUCUAAUCUCACUUUUAACAUGAGCACCGCGGUCGACGUCCCAUAUCUGCUCCUGCUUCGAGGCAGUGGAAUCGCUGAAGACUACUUACUGCAUCGUUUAGACGAAGACCAUAUGAUUAUAGGCCGGCCUACUAUUGGGCAGAAACACCCCGAUAUCCCUCUUUACAGCGACGAUUUACAAACGCAACAUUGUCAAGUGUUUAAAAAACUCCCAGCCGACAACGAAAGCGUUGCCGAAUCGGAAGACGGACUGGAACAAGUGUUUCUUGAACCUUUCCCAAGCUGUGAGGUUAUGGUUAACGGCAGGACUUUGACCGAUGCAAUGUUGUUAACACCUGGCGACCUCUUGCAAAUUGGUCUGCACUAUGUGUUCUUGUAUAAAGACCCAAUACGCACCUCUGAUGCGAACUUGAUAUUUGAUUGGCUGCCUGGCGCCGCUGUUGGCGGUAAUUAUGCUAAUUCGCACGGCAGAGCUAAAGUUAUUCAAAUGCAGCAAGUUGCCAGAAAUCCGAAUCGGUUAAGUUUGGGCUACGAAUUGGAGGACGAGGAUCGGUUAUUGGAAUAUUUUGUGACCGUUUGUGAACCGGCACAGGACGACGAGUUUGAGCUGGUUGCGUCGUAUUUGUUUAUACUCGCUAUAGAGUACUCUUCAUUGAAUCAUACUGAUAUUGAUACGAGGAGACUUAUAUUGAAAGUUACUAACGUGAUACAGGCUGUAGCUUGGGUAAGUUGCUUAACUUUAUUUGUACUGGAUCGCUCUUAUACUGUUCUAAACUGUUCUCCCUAGAGGCCCAGUAAGGAUCAUCUCUUAUUGAUCUAGUGUUACUACAGGAGGAAACCUAAACUAAACUAACUUUAUUUAUACCGGAUAGCUCUAUCAGUUCUAAACUGUUCUCCCUAGAGGUCUAGUAAGGAUCAUCUAUUAUUGUUCCACUUUUACUACAGAAAGAAACCUAAACUAACUUUAUUUAUACUGGAUAGCUCUAACAGUUCUAAACUGUUCUUCCUAGUCCUAGAGAUCCAGUAAGAGUCAUCUCUUAUUGAUCCAAUAUGUUACUAGAAGAGUAAACCGGAGUACCAGAGAAAAUCUGUGGCAUUUAGUACAAUCCAAAAUAACCAUUGGCAGAGGAGUCGAUCUGAAUUAUAUUACAAAUGUAAAUAGUGUUUUUGGUCCAAAUACUUUAUUCAUUUCUGUUUUUUAGGAAAAGACAAAGGGCAUAACGGAAACCAAUGUGGAAGGGUAAUUAUUCUUCAUCUAUUAGGACAGCGUAAUAGAGUUCUUCCUAUAAUCGUGCUAUACAUUCUUUUAUUUAGUGAAAUUGACCCGUUGAAGUCUUUGAACGAAAUUGUCCCCGAUCUUAAGCAGAUUUUAUUUUGGAUGAGUAAUGCUCUGGAAAUGUUGCAUUUCCUUCAAGACAACCUGUCCACGUAUCUACCAGGCAGCUUUCACGUGAACAGCUCGUCAAACGACCCAGAAGAAGAAGCUUUGGCUAACGCUGAUGAAGAAUUAUUAAAUGUUUUAGAGGAAGUCGCCAUGUUUACUUUCCAGCAAACUGUAUAUCAUCUUACAAAAGUAUGCUCUCCUUUUUCGUUGGGUUACGUAACCUGUCACAUUUUGCUUACGUGAUCAUCAGUUUUCUUCACGUGAUCAUUCGUUUUCUUCACGUGAUCAGUAAUCUUGUUCACGUGACCAUUCAUUUUGUUCACGUGAUCAUAGAUUUUGUUCACGUGACCAUAGAUUUUGUUCACGUGAUUAAAUCAAAACUUCCAUUUAUAGGUUCUUUAUGUCGCCCUACCACUCAUAUUGGAUACUAAUCCAUUUCAAAAGCUGGAGGACGACGAAAGUCGAGAUGGAGACGAACUGGAAGGCGCUGAGAUCGUUGUCCAAAUAUUUCAAACCGUCUACGAUCUUAUUACGUCGUUUCACGUUCACCCACAAAUCGUGCGUCAACUUUUCGCGUAUCUGUUUUUCUUUACGAACGCGUCGCUCUUCAAUACGCUCAUGGACCGCGGUGCUGGUGGGAAGUUUUAUCGCUGGGCGAAAGGUGCGCAGAUCCGUGGCAAUCUGGAUUUGUUGGAAGGUUGGGCCUCGGAUGUCGGUCUACAGGAAGAAGCCACUGACUACCUGAGGAAACUUUCGUCUGCUGCUGAUGUUCUGGCCACACCCAAAGUGCAGUUAUUACAGGUAACAGCCCGGUCAGGUGGAAUGAUGGGUAGCGCUGUCCAGCCUUCGCACAACUGACUCCAGAAGUAGGAUGUGUUUGGCCCUUGUUUGAGCUCUAGGAAAUAUAGUGUAGAACUGAUAGAACUACACACAUAACAAACCUGUAGCAGCCUUCUGGCAAUGCUGUUCCAACAACUUGUGAACAGGAUGUGUUCGCACUGCUUGUUCCCAGCUUGUUGACAACUUGCUAUACAAGGUUAUUGAGCUCAUUAGACUUGUUAUAUGUUGUUUCAACAUCUUGUUAUCGUCUUGCAAUCCAACAACGUGUUAACAAGUUGUCAGUGACAACCUUGUAGCAACUUGACAAACAUUGUUACAACUUGUUGACAAGCUUGCUGCAAGGCUGUUGCGAACACAUGGCAAGUUGUGAGAUUUUUACAUGUGUGGGCUAUGCUGGGCGAUGUGCACUUCUAUAUACUGAUAUUCUUGUAUUAUUACGUUCAGGCCGACUGGCAAAAUCUUCGUCAUGACUUUCCGAUGUUAAACGCUGCUCAACUACACAAGAUUCUGACGGAGUAUCAAGUUGGUGCUGGAAAAUCCCGACCAGCCGAGUGGCGCCCGACACCUGACGAAGUUGAUGCCGCCCUAAAGGAUGGUAAGAUAUAGAAAUGUUUAGCGUUUUAUGCCUGGGGGAAACUAUGGAACAUUGUUUUUUAGCCAUCUUUCUCAAAGGUGGGCAAACGAGGAGACGCCAUGUUUCCCUAAAGUGAACAAACUAGGAAACAUUUUUUCUUAGCCAUAUUUCCCAAAGUAGAUACCUAAUUAUGAAACAACAAAUGUAAUAUUUUAAUAUUUAUUUCAGAAGAAAUUUUGGAAAGUUUCUCCACACAUCCACCAUUCUUGUUCCCAACCUCUGACUACCUGCUCGACCUUGAAGCCGAGACCCCUCACCCGGUAGUCAAACAGACCCUCGAUGAACUCAAAUCGUCCUUCGGAUCCAGUAACGAUUCCCAAGUAUCAACAUCUACCCUGAGAAAUCCACAAGUGUUGGUCCAAGGCCCCGACUCGGAUUUUCCUUCCCGACAUUCAACGCCAGCGUCCUCAGUCAGGUCCAGUCCGCCAGUGUCAUCGACUGCGAGCCCACGAAAGCUUGCCCAAAAAUUUAGCUCAAGUGACCCGACUUUAAAUAAUGUCGACCCUAACCGAGUGAGCAACCGUUUAAAAAAUCAUGGUAAGGAAUAAGGAUUACUCAAGAGAUGUAUUCAUGUAUUGUGUUCAUUGCGCAGCGCCUUUCGCCCAAAUACUAAAGCAUGCAUGCAUGCAAUUUCUUAUACGGGAUGAUAAAAAGCUCUGUAUUCGCAGUUUUUACUCACCAAAAAAUCGGAAAUAGUUUCUACUUGUAAACAAUAGAUUCUACUCGUAAGCAUUAACAAUGGAAUGAAUGCAUGUAUUGUUUGACGCCCACACGCCCACGUUUCUGAAUAUUUAAGCAGCCUAUUUUUCGAAAUUUGUCGGCCACCUGAUGAUUCCUCGUGGAUGAAACACAUGAAAUAUAUAUAUACAUUUUAUGUGGGAGGAAAACGAAGUUCCUAGAGAAAACCCACGACUUUCGGUAAAACGUUGACUGAGUCUUUUCGCAAAAGUGCUAUGACUCCGCAGCGAAAAUCGAACCCAUCUGAACACCUCGAUCUGACAAAUGCGCCACCAAAGCCUCCUUAGUUUAUGUCUUCUCUUGCAGUCACACUGGGGCAAUAAGGGAAAGCACUUGAUCUCUAGAACAGUUUAAAAUUGAUAUGUAUUUUAACAUCUUUUAGUGAAUGGUAUUUCGAAGAGUGCAUCAUUGGAUAACAUAGCAAAUCGGGUCAAACCGGAAGCGGAAGUGCUCUCCGACCCGUCAGAAAAAGAGUCCGAGGAAGGUUUUCGGAGAGGAAGUGACGCGCAAGAUGACGUAUUUGUCGUCGAGUUGGAGAAAGGGGAUACUGGGAUAGGUGUUGGGCUUAUCGAUGGCUUGGUAAGAUUUAGUUGAAAACAGAAGUUAAGGUGGCGCCUUCUGUUUAUUGUGACUUUUACCUUCAAUAUAUUCUCAUUUCUGUAGUUCACACCAUUGAAAUCCAACGGAAUUUAUGUGCGAACAUUGGUAAAGACUGGACCGGCUGCCAAGGUAGAAACAUUUACUUUAUGUGGAAUAGAAAACCAUUUGGCGUGAGAAGAAAAUACCAGCGCAUGUUUCGUUGGGUCAUCAACUCAUCAUGAAGUUAUACGAACAGGCUCUGUGAUUAGUUGCCUUUUACAAUUUAGCAGAAAAAUUCAGCUAUAAAAUAGAUUUUCUAAAGAACUUAAUUUCACAACUUUUAGAUAACUCACAUAUCUAGUUACUAUUGUUCUAGAACAAAGGUAACUAAGAUUAGAGUUAUCUGCAUGAAUGAAUAGCUCUUAUACAUAAUUCUAAUGCUUAGUUACCUUUGUUAUAUUUUAUGCUUCUGUAAAGUGUAAACUGAGGCAUGUAAGUUAUUCAAGUUCUAAAUUGGGUAGCAACGAUAAAAACAACGCCAAAUUUGUCUAUCGAUAACUUUUGUUUGCUUAGCUACGUCCUUGCUGGUUUCAUUUUUAAUUCAAUGACUUUUGAUUUCAAUAGGAUGGUCGUCUUAGACUGGGUGAUCGAAUUCUGGCCGUUAAUGGAACAAGUUUGGUCGGUGCAGAUUACCAAAGGUAUUGAUAAAAUUUGCUCGAUUUAUAUAUAGUGAAGAUUGAUAAUCCAUCAAGACAUGAUCUUCCGUCUGACGCUCCGUCUGUUUUGGUGUAAAUAAAAGACGAAUUAUCUAGGGUCUGUCUGUAUAAAAAGGUAGUUAUAGUUGAUAACUACACUUUGUGCGAACGUUGACCAAUUCAGGCUGCGAUAAUUCAAGAUUUUUAGUUUUAUCAAUGACUAUUGCCACGUAUAUGCGCUGGUACAAAUUCAGUUCUCAAUGUGUAGGUUUCUGAAAAGAAUGUUCAAACUGCGAGUUAGAAGAAGAAGCACAUUUGCAUAUAGAGACAAAUGAAUCGAAUACUCCCUUAGUGCCGUCAGUCUAAUCGUGUUUCAUGCCAAGACAUCUCAAACAAAUGAUAUACUAACUACCAACAAUUACGGUAUUGAAUACCUUGGGCUUGGAAAGGUCAUGUGCCAUGUGGUACCAGCAAAAAGUAAAAUACUCAGAAAGCAAGUCAGUCACGUGUUUUAUACAACCGACUCCUAAAAUUUCUUAGGAGUUUAUCUCAUAGUCAAGACGAACCAGGCACACAUGAGGUCCGACUAGACGAACAACGUUGGCUUGCUCCAGCAUAUAAAUCGGGCAAAUAAUGGAUGUUAAUUUCUUUAUUAUUUGUUUAGUGCAAUGAAGUUAAUUCGAAAUGCUGGCAAGCAUUUGACAUUUCUCGUCGCAAAAUCAGAUCUUCAUGUCGCGAUGAAAAUUACGGCUUCGACUUGCUAG